AGUAAAACACUGCCAAACAAAUUAUUUGCAUCCAAAUAACUCAUACAAAUACUCCAUCCAAACGAACCCUAACCGUCUUCGCCUUCGUAAAACCCUCCCCACAAUAUAUACACCUCCCUCCAUUUUACAGAUAACUUCCUAAUUACCUUUCCUCUCCAUUUGAAGUCAUCUCUGUGUCAAUUCCAUUUCAAACCCACCACGCGCUUCUCUCUCGCUCCGUCUGCAUCGCCAGUCGCCACCAAUCCUUCACAUCUGCGACCGAAGCUGUUCCUUCCGGCAGAUCCCCCGCUCAAUUCCUCAGAUCCAGGGCGAUCUCCGAUCUGACGGCUGCGGGCGGCUGCGCCGGCGGGACUCUCUACAGAUUCCUGCUUGUUUCCUUCAUUUCUAACUAGCUCGGAGAUAUGGAGAAUUUGAUCUCUCUAGUUAACAAGAUUCAGAGAGCUUGUACUGCUCUCGGUGAUCACGGGGAAGCUAGCGCGUUGCCGACUCUUUGGGACUCUUUGCCGGCUAUCGCCGUCGUUGGUGGCCAGAGUUCGGGGAAGUCGUCCGUGUUGGAGAGCAUAGUAGGAAAGGACUUCUUGCCUCGUGGAUCUGGGAUUGUUACUAGAAGACCUCUAGUGUUGCAGCUUCAUAAGCUAGAGGAAGGAAGCAGAGAGUAUGCUGAGUUCCUCCACCUCCCGAGGAAAAGGUUCACCGAUUUUGGUGCUGUGCGGAAAGAGAUUGCAGACGAGACUGAUAGAGAGACAGGACGCUCUAAACAAAUAUCUAGUGUUCCAAUCCAUCUCAGCAUAUAUUCUCCAAACGUUGUCAACCUUACGCUGAUCGAUCUUCCUGGGCUCACAAAAGUAGCUGUUGAGGGUCAAUCUGACAGUAUUGUGCAGGAUAUCGAGAACAUGGUGCGCUCCUUUAUUGAGAAGCCCAACUGUUUAAUUUUAGCAGUAUCACCUGCAAAUCAAGAUCUUGCCACAUCUGAUGCUGUUAAAAUUUCCCGCGACGUGGACCCGACAGGAGAGAGAACUUUUGGAGUUUUGACAAAGAUUGACCUCAUGGACAAGGGUACUGAUGCAGUAGAAAUAUUGGAAGGAAAAGCUUACCGGUUAAAAUUUCCUUGGAUUGGUGUCGUGAACCGUUCUCAAGCUGACAUUAACAAGAACGUGGACAUGAUCGCUGCUCGGCGUAGAGAGCGUGAGUAUUUUGCAACCACCCCAGAGUACAAGCACCUUGCUAACAGAAUGGGUUCUGAGCACCUAGCAAAAAUGCUGUCAAAACAUUUAGAAGUUGUAAUCAAGUCCCGUAUCCCUGGCCUUCAGUCACUUAUUAACAAGACAAUCGCUGAGCUGGAAGCUGAGCUUAGUCGCCUUGGGAAGCCUAUUGCUACUGAUGCCGGAGGGAAGCUAUAUUCAAUCAUGGAGAUUUGCCGUCUUUUUGAUCAAAUAUAUAAGGAGCAUCUGGAUGGAGUUCGACCAGGAGGUGAAAAGGUAUACAAUGUAUUUGAUAACCAGCUUCCUGCUGCCCUGAAGAGGUUGCAAUUCGACAAACAGCUUGCUAUGGAGAAUAUCCGUAAACUGAUCACUGAAGCUGAUGGGUACCAACCACAUUUAAUAGCUCCCGAGCAGGGAUAUCGCCGUCUGAUUGAAUCUUCGUUGGUUACUAUCCGAGGUCCUGCUGAGGCAGCUGUUGAAGCGGUUCAUUCCAUAUUAAAGGAGCUUGUACAAAAGGCCAUCCAUGAGACGCUGGAGUUGAGGCAGUACCCUGGUCUCAGAGUAGAGCUUACAAACGCAGCUGUUGAAUCACUUGACCGAAUGAAAGAAGAAAGCAAGAAAGCAACACUGAAGCUGGUGGACAUGGAGUGUAGUUACCUGACUGUUGAUUUCUUCAGAAAGCUUCCCCAAGACAUUGACAAGGGUGGCAACCCUACUCAUUCCAUAUUUGACAGAUACAAUGAUUCGUAUCUUAGACGGAUUGGAAGCACAGUUCUUUCCUAUGUGAAUAUGGUGUGUGCAACCUUACGGAACUCUAUUCCCAAGUCCAUCGUCUAUUGCCAAGUGCGUGAGGCCAAACGAAGCCUCCUUGACCAUUUCUUCACUGAGCUGGGAAAAAUGGAGCAAAAGCAAUUGUCACAGUUGUUGAACGAAGAUCCUGCGGUGAUGGAGCGCCGCAACGCCCUCGCAAAGAGGCUGGAGUUGUAUAGGUCUGCGCAGGCCGAGAUCGACCAAGUCGCUUGGGCGAAGUAA